UGUCACUAGCGCGCGGCUGUUUAGAUCUGCCCGCCGAGCCCUUAAACGGGAGGUCAGCUUUGAGCAGAUGGAUCGGUACCUGCUUCUGGUGAUCUGGGGGGAAGGAAAAGUCCUGUCGGUGGCCAGUGGGGAGGCGGAGCUCGGGCCAGGGGCGCCGUGGGUUGAGGGCGCCGAGAACCAGCCGGACUUAACAGCAGCUGCAAAUGUUUAUCACCUUCUGAAAAGAAGCAUUAGCAUUUCAAUUAAUCCAGAGGACAGCACUUUCCCUGCCUGUUCAGUGGGCGGUAUACCUGGUUCCAAGAAGUGGUUCUUUGCAGUACAGGCAAUAUGUGGAUUUUAUCAGUUUUGUAGUUCUGACUGGGAAGAGAUGCAUUUUGACACAGAAAAAGAUGAAAUUGAAGAUGUUCUUCAGACAAAUAUCGAAGAAUGUUUGAGUGCUGUUGAAUGUUUUGAGGAAGAAGAUAGUAAUAGCAGGGAAUCAUUAUCCUUGGCUGAUCUAUAUGAAGAAUCUGCAGAAAAUUUACAUCAAUUAUCAGACAAGCUUCCUGCACCUGGUAGAGCAAUGAUAGAUAUAAUACUACUGCCCUCUGACAAAGAUCCUCCUAAACUGAAAGACUGUUUACCUACUGUAGGAGCUUUAAAACAUUUGAAGGAAUGGCAUUCAGCAAAAAUUACUAUAGCAGGAAAUCAUCGUGAAAUAAAUUGCCAGAAAAUUGCAGAAUACCUUUCCGCUAAUAUUGUGUCUUUAGAAGAUCUCAGAAAUGCUAUUGACUCAAAGGAGUUAUGGAGGGGAAAGAUUCAGAUAUGGGAAAGAAAGUUUGGAUCUGAAAUUAGUUUUCCUGAAUUUUCAUUAAAGGGAGUCACACCGAAGAAUUUUAGUACAUCUAAUUUAAAUACUUGCUUUCUUGCCAAAAAAAUAAUAUCAUCAAAGGAUAAGAGUAUUUUACCAAAGGUUUACCAUUAUUAUGGCCCUGCUUUAGAAUUUGUGCAGAUGAUAAAAUUAUCAGAUCUACCCUCCUGUUAUAUGUCGGACUUGGAAUUUGAGUUAGGACUGACAAAAAACAAUACCAGACAGAAUUCCAUGUUGCUGUUGGAACAGAUUUCUUCUCUGUGUGACAAGGUUGGUGCUCUUUUUGUAUUGCCUUGUACUGUUAGUAACAUACUUAUUCCACCUCCCAACCAACUCAGUUCAAGGAAAUGGAAAGACUAUGUAGCUAAAAAGCCCAAGACAAUGAGUGUUCCAGAUAUUGAAGUGAAAGGAGAGUGUUCUAGCUAUUAUUUCUUGUUACAAGGUAAUGGCAAUAAAAGAUGUAAAGCGACAUUGAUUCACUCAGCCAACCAGAUCAAUGGUUCAUUUGCGCUCAGUUUAAUUCAUGGAAAGAUGAAAGCAAAGACAGAAGAAACGAAACUGAGCUUCCCUUUUGACUUCUUGUCACUUCCGCAUUUUUCUGGGGAGCAGGUGGUACAAAGAGAGAAGCAGUUAGCCAGUGUACAAACUUUGGCUUUGAAAGAAUGUCUGAAAAGGAGGAAGUUGGCAAAGCAGCCUGAAGCAGUUUCUGUUGAUGAGCUCAAAACUUUGUUAAUACUCACAAGGGAACAAUUUUUAGAUCAGUUUAAUGCUAUUAUUCCUAAAACAAUUCUAAUAAAGACAGACAAAAUAAAAAUCUCCAAUGUGUUAAAUGAUGCCAUCCCAUUGAAACCUGAUUCUUCAAGUCGAAUGGAAACCAAUACUCUGGAAUGCCCAGAAAGGCAUGUUCUUCAAAAUUUGGAAACCUUUGAAAAAGCUAAACAGAAAAUGAGAACUGGUUCAUUACCUCAUUCAUCUGAACAGUUGCUGGGCCACAAAGAAGGUCCACGGGACUCGAUAACAUUAUUGGAUGCUAAAGAAUUGCUUAAACACUUUACCUCAGAUGGAUUACCUGUUGGAGAUCUUCAACCUUUACAAAUUCAAAAGGGGGAAAAGACUUUUGUUCUAACACCAGAACUUAGUCCUAAGAAACUUCGGGUCUUACCUUUCGAAAAAGCCUCAGUAUGCCAUUAUCAUGGAAUAGAGUAUUGCUUGGAUGACCGAAAAGCUUUAGAAAGAGAUGGGGGAUUUUCUGAACUUCAAUCUCGUCUUAUUCGUUAUGAAACUCAGACUACCUGCACCAGAGAAGGUUUUCCAAUACCAACUGUGUUGAGCCCUCUUCCCUCUCCUGCUGUUUUGUCAGAGCCUGGAAGUGUUCCUGACGGAGAAGCUUUACAAAGUGAACUCCGAACUGAAGCCUCCCGAUUGAAACGGCAAUCAAAGGACCGGAAUUGCCUUUAUCCCAAAAAAAGACUUGUGAAAUCUGAAAGUUCAGAUUCUCUUCCUUCUCAAACAAAUGGCAGUAGUCAUCAUCACCACCGCGUAGUGACAUCCAGAAGGCCGCAGGCAAAGCAGUCACUAUCGAUGACUGGCCCAUGUGUCCCAGUCCCUAGCACGGAAACUGCAAAAGUCACUAUAAAGGCCAGAUCCAGUCAAAAAAGUGUGCCAGAAUCAAAAACAUCCAGGCGAAUUAAAGAAUCAAGAUCACAGAAACACACACGGAUAUUGAAAGAAGUAGUUACUGAAACCCUGAGGAAACACAGUAUUACUGAGACUCAUGAAUGCUUCACUGCCUGCAGCCAACGUCUCUUUGAAAUCUCAAAGUUCUAUCUAAAGGAUCUUAAAACUUCAAGGGGUCUAUUUGAAGAAAUGAAGAAAACAGCAAACAACAACGUUGUACAGGUGAUUGAAUGGGUAUUAGAAAAGACAAGCAAGAAAUGACCCAGAAUCAUGCUCUUUGGACAAUUAUAAAUUGGAUGGAACUAUUAUUUACUACUAUCCUUAUUUUGGAAAUUAUAAACAUAUGUCAAACUUUAUUCAACAAACAGAUGCUACAUUUCUGAAGAAUUUCAUAAAUAUCCUAUAUUUAAUAUGGAUGUUGAGAUGUUCACUUAAUGUAUUUUAAUUGUAUACUUGUUUUAUAGUUUCACUGUAUUUUAAUUUUUUCUACUCUUUUUGUGCAUUAAGUGAAAGUUUACACACUGUAUUUUAAUUUUUAAAGUUAAUACUUUAUAUGUUUAAAUUUUUACUUUGCUUGUUUAAUUAUUACAAUAAAUAUACAAAAUAUUUCUUUACUUCUUGGGUAGAAUGUUUCUGUUGUUAGAACUACUUAAAUUCCUCCAUGUCAAGUUGAUACGUUGCCAAGGAUUUCUCCAAAGUGUUCCAACACCAUAGUUUAUUGAAUUGCUCCCAAUUUAGAAACUACUGGCAAACAAAUCCACACAGGUAGCUAUUUUCCCUUACCCCUCAUUGUUGAAGGUAUUAAAGUUUAUUUGGAAUCAAAAUGAAGAAAGGGCAGAAAUUGUGAAAAUAAGACAUACAAAAAUGACUCUGAUAUAGACUCCCAGAUAAGACUGUUCCUCACUCAAAAAUACCUUUUCCUGUGGUAGAAAAUUUGGAAAAU